CUUUCACUUUCAUUUCACCCCAUAGUAGAGAAGAAGAAGCUGUUUAAGCCCUUUAUUCCUUUCACAUUCAUUCUUCUUCCCCAACCUCCCACCGCCAUGGCCACCGCCGUGUCCUCCACCUUCCUUCGCCGCUAUCUCUACUCGUUGUCCCAAACGCCUCACCGGCUAAGAAAGCGAAUGCUAGCAACAUGGACUCCUGAUCAAGAACUUAACCAAGUUAGGCAAAGGUCAGGAGCUGACAUGAAGAGGAAGCUCAAGUGGUUCGAUUUAGUCGCUCUCGGUGUCGGGGGAAUGCUCGGCGUUGGCGUCUUUGUCACUACUGGUCCCGUCGCCCUCCACGUCACCGGCCCCGCCGUUUUCUUGUCCUAUAUUAUCGCUGGAAUAUCCGCUCUCCUUUCGUCUCUAUGUUACACUGAGUUCUCCGUCCAUGUCUCCGCCGCUGGCGGCGCCUUCAGUUACUUAAGACUCACUUUUGGUGAAUUUGUGGGAUAUUUUGCUGGAGCAAACAUUAUAAUGGAAUAUGUGUUGUCAAAUGCUGCAGUGGCAAGAAGUUUUACAGAAUAUCUUUGUGUUGCAUUUGGAGAAAGUGAACCAAAUGCAUGGAGAGUGGAAGUUCAUGGUUUAUUAAAGGGUUAUAAUAUGUUGGAUUUCCCUGCUGUGGGUCUCAUUCUUCUUCUCACUCUUUGUCUUUGCCACAGUACAAAGGAGAGUUCAAUAUUAAACCUAAUAAUGACAGUGUUCCAUGUGAUAUUCUUUGGGUUUAUAAUUGGUUGUGGGAUGUACAAAGGAAGUGCAAAGAAUUUAGUAAAGCCUGGUGGAUUAGCUCCUUUUGGUGUUAAAGGUGUCUUGGAUGGUGCAGCUAUUGUUUACUUCAGCUAUAUAGGCUAUGAUUCAGCUUCAACACUUGCUGAAGAAAUCCAAAACCCUACAAAAAGCCUUCCAAUUGGCAUAGUGGGUUCUGUUAUCAUUACUUCAGCUCUCUAUUGUCUCAUGGCUUUGUCUCUCUCCCUUAUGGUCCCAUACAAUCAGAUAUCAGAGAAAGCAGCAUUUUCAAUAGCCUUUCAAAGGCUUGGUUGGAAGUGGGCAGGCAAUUUAAUAGGUGGUGGAGCAAGCUUAGGCAUUGUGGCUUCUCUUCUUGUUGCUAUGUUGGGACAAGCAAGAUACCUUUGUGCAAUUGGAAGGGCUAGGUUAGUCCCUUUUUGGCUAGCCAAGGUCCAUCCUAAAACAGGCACACCAUUGAAUGCCACACUCUUUUUGGGACUUUGUACGGCUUCAAUUGCACUCUUUACUGAGCUUUACAUAGUGAUUGAAAUGAUUUCAAUUGGGACACUCAUGGUGUUCUAUCUAGUAGCAAAUGCAACCAUCUAUCGUCGAUACGUCAUGGUAAGCAAACAUCCUCCGUCUCGUAUUCUCCUCUUUCUUCUCCUCCUUUCGUGUUCGGCCAUCGGUUUCUCCCUAUCGUGGAAGCUCAACCAACAAUGGUGGCCGGGUCUUUUAUUCUUCGGUGCAUCGACGAUCUCCAUCAUCGCCUUCUUUCAUUACAAAUUCCCGAGCCAGGAUACAUCUGAGGCAUGGUCGGUGCCCUACAUGCCAUGGCCGGCUGCGACAUCGAUAUUCCUUAAUGUGUUUCUCAUGACCACAUUGAGGAUGUUGUCAUUCCAAAGAUUUGCAAUUUGGUCAUGCUUGAUAACCUUGUUCUAUGUGGUGUAUGGUGUUCACUCAACUUACAAAGCUGAGGAGAUUAUUAUGGAGGUGAACAAUAGGGUUGGUGAAGUGACCAAUAAUGUGAAUUCAACAGUCCAACAAAGCAAGCUGGAUAUACAAGUGCUUUGAUAGAUGAAAGUUGACUUUCUAACACACAUGACCACUACUUUUAUUUCUUAAAUUUGCUCAAAUUUAAUACUUUAUUUUAUAUAUCCUUUUCUUUUGUCACUCUAGCUAUGGAGUCUAGGGAUUGUUCUUUUGUGUAAAAUAUUGUAGAUUAUGAAAUUUAAUUCAA